ACCAAUUAUCCAGGUCGCCGCCCACGGACCGUCGCUAACAGUGCUCCUUCCAUUGUGACCGCUGACCUGAUAGAAUCAUGAUUCACCACAACACCAGAUCUGGCAGUUGAAGCGCGUACUUUUGCCAGUCUUCAAGUGAAAGUUUUACUGUAUCUUCCCCACGUUGCUGCAGUCAGAUGGCUGUCUCAAUAAACGUAACUCAGGCUGUAGGUCUCGUAUGCGAGGCGCUUUUGUAUGGAGUUUACUGCGUGUUAUUUAUCACCUCCAUCGUAAUUCUCGUCAAACGAUAUCGACUAACCAAUAGAGUAAUCUGGGUUGCAAACUGCCUCUUGUUUAUAACAUCGACGGCUCACUUUGCAUUGGUUUUCAACCAUUUCUACAUUGCACUCGAGCAUGCUCCGUUCUCAGAGUUCAAAGUCGAAACUCCUGCAUUGAUUGGAGCCAAUGUAUUGAGUUCUGUUGCAGAUUUGGUUGGAGAUUUACUCCUAAUCUAUCGAUGCUGGCUUGUCUGGGGGAAUAAUUUUUAUGUGAUUGUUCUCCCUCUGCUCACUGCCCUUGGGGGCUUCGGGUGUAUCUUACCCAUACCGUCCCUUUUAUUGUCAAUCGACCCGACAUCACCAGUUCCUCCAACUCAGAUUGUACCCUUGACCACUGCCGGAUAUGCUUUGCCUCUUUGCACGAAUAUUAUGGUCACUGUGCUCAUUGCUGGUCGUCUUUGGUAUAUAUCUCGCGUUCCCGUCGUCGACGAACAUGGAAAGCCAGUGAUUUUGAAAAUCGCGGCUGGCGGGCGCCCGAUGAUGCUUAUCAUCGAGAGUGGUGCUCUGUACAUGGUCACACAAUUCAUCUUCGUCGUUCUCGUAGCUAUUGGAAAUCCUGCCGAGGCGAUAUUAAGUUACGUUGGGACACAAAUAUAUGGUAUUGCGUCCACCUUGAUUAUAAUUCGUGUUGGGCUGGGUAUUUCAUCUGAGCAGACUAUGUCGGCGAUGACGAUGACUCAAGUGGAGUUUCGUUCCCAGCGACAGGAUACCACAGGGACGCGCUCAGUUGGCACAUGGAGGAAUGAUCGCUCCUUCAGUUCUCCAUUAACUGCCCAAUCGGAUGUGGAACAGUGGUGA